CUUCCGUCGAGGUCUAAAUCCCGACCCCCUCUCUUUCUCUCUCUCUCAAAAACAAAAAAAAGUUUUCAAAUUCGAUUUUUUCAGCUAACAAUUUUCAAUUGCAGACUCUCUCUCUCUCCCAAACCCCCCUAAACCCUAACCCUAAUUCAUCCUACUCCACACUUCCGCACAGAGAUAUGGGCGAAACCAGGGAGGAUGUCUACGACGAGGAGCUCGUCGAUUACGAGGAGGACGACGAGAAGGCCCCUGACUCCGCGGCCAAAGUCAAUGGCGAAUCCGCCAAGAAGGGAUAUGUUGGAAUUCACAGCUCAGGAUUCAGAGAUUUCCUACUAAAGCCGGAGCUUCUACGUGCUAUCGUGGACUCGGGAUUUGAGCAUCCUUCUGAAGUACAACACGAAUGCAUCCCACAAGCUAUUCUGGGAAUGGAUGUUAUCUGCCAAGCUAAAUCUGGGAUGGGGAAAACGGCUGUGUUUGUCCUAUCUACUUUGCAGCAGAUUGACCCUGUGGCCGGCCAAGUUUCUGCACUUAUUCUUUGCCAUACUAGGGAAUUAGCUUACCAGAUUUGCCAUGAGUUUGAGAGAUUCAGUACCUACUUGCCAGAUCUCAAGGUUGCUGUCUUCUAUGGUGGUGUCACUAUCAAAAAUCACAAGGACUUGCUGAAAAACGAGUGCCCCCACAUUGUUGUUGGGACUCCUGGAAGAAUACUAGCACUCGCAAGAGAUAAAGACCUCUCAUUAAAGAAUGUGAGGCAUUUUAUCCUCGACGAGUGUGACAAGAUGCUUGAGUCACUUGACAUGAGGAGAGAUGUGCAAGAGAUAUUCAAGAUGACGCCCCAUGAUAAGCAAGUAAUGAUGUUCUCUGCAACACUCAGCAAAGACAUCCGACCGGUUUGCAAGAAAUUUAUGCAAGAUCCUAUGGAAAUAUAUGUUGAUGACGAAGCCAAGUUGACUCUCCAUGGUCUAGUACAGCACUACAUCAAGUUAACCGAGGCAGAGAAAAACCGCAAGCUGAAUGAUCUCCUCGAUGCACUGGACUUCAACCAGGUCGUCAUAUUCGUUAAAAGCGUGAGCAGAGCGGCAGAGUUGAACAAGUUACUCUCAGAGUGUAAUUUUCCCUCGAUAUGUAUCCAUUCUGGAAUGAACCAAGAAGAAAGGUUGAAGCGCUACAAAGGAUUCAAGGAGGGUCAGAACAGGAUUCUUGUCGCCACUGAUUUGGUUGGUAGAGGAAUUGAUAUUGAACGUGUCAAUAUUGUUAUCAAUUAUGACAUGCCAGACUCUGCUGACACCUACUUGCACAGGGUCGGCAGAGCUGGUAGGUUCGGCACCAAAGGGCUGGCGAUUACAUUUGUAUCAUCUGCUUCGGACUCUGAUGUCCUUAAUGAUGUUCAGGAGAGGUUUGAGGUUGACAUAAAGGAGCUUCCUGAACAAAUUGACACUGCCACAUACAGUAUGUUCUUUUCUCCUCUUUUCUUCUGUGUUAUUGUGCGUUGUAUACAUUUAGUGAACUGGUUCAACAAAUGAGAUAGUGGUGACUUUUGGUACCUGUUCGUUUAUUGUUUUCUCCUUUUUGCAAAAAGAAAAAGCAAAGGAAUGUCAACACAUGGAAAUAUUGAUUCAAUCUAUUGUUAUCUUCACUGGUUCUGAACUUUUGCACCUCGAGUGACUGUAUGACUGUUCAGUUUGUGUAGAACGUUGGUAUUGAAUGGGAUUAUCUCUUUUACAAACUUAAAGUUUUUGCUGAAUUUGUUUUUAUUUUUAUAUCCUUUUUAUCUCGCAAAAUGUCUCUUAAUUUUUGGGCUAAUGUCACAACUACGGCUUAAAUGCUUUGUUUCAUCAAAACAACCAUGUUAUUUUUAGUAGUACGGGAUCCAUGUAAAUGGCUUAUGUUCAUCACGGCCAGCUCUACUGUUUUCAAAACUAGCUUAUUAUUGUUCCAUGUAGCAGUAAAUUGUUGUCUUAUGUUCAAUAACUGUCAACGCUACUCUGUUGUGGUUCAUAAUAGAAUGCUAAUAACUAUUGUUCUUGUUUGCAGUGCCAUCUUAAAUGGAGUCCCUGUCUCGUCAAAAUCGCUUAUAGCGUUCAGAAUGUGGAUGCGGCUGGAGCAGAUUCUGUUUCUUUGAUUUAGACUGUUUGAUCCUCCAGACAUUACCAUAUUGUGGCCUAGCUCCUACCCCUUAUUAUGUGUGGCUUUUGAGAUGUAGCUGUAUUGAAAUUUUUUCAGAAUUGAUUUGCAGUGUUAUGUAACAUUAACUAGUUGUGCUUAUGCACGGUUGCUGGAAAACAAAUGGAUUUUCUUUGGUCGAUAUGCUUCCUAUUUAUCAUCUAAAUGUUGGUAAUGAGAAAAUAUAACCCUCUGCUGCUUGCGACUCUGGUCACACGUGACACACUGACACAUACAUACAAUUGGAGAUGGGAGUUGUUUUAGGUGAAACCCUGCAAUUGCAGCAGCAUGCUCUCUACUACCAUUUGUCGGAUCGACUCGUGUAGGAUCCUCGUGU